UUGGAGAUCUUCUUCCACCUUAACACUGACCUAAGCUUUCCUAAGGUUGACUCAUCAACCCGAGCUCUAUGACUUCCAAUGUAGUAGUCUUUUCACCAUUCAGCACUGGCCAGGAAGGUGUCUAGAGCUGAGUAGAAGCCAGACAAAGGGGACUCCAGCCCAGGAGCGAUCCCAGCCCAGUAGGGUAGGCAGAAGUGAGUCCCAGGACCCCCAUGGUCAGAGAUGUAGGUACUGCAAAGGUCACAAUGCAGACAGGUCUUGCAAAAUCAGGAUCCAAGGAUACCUGGGUCAGUGAACAAGGAGAGUCCUUGUGGAGAUGGUUAUAAAUGCUUGGGGUCGCCAAAGCCAAACAUCCACCAAAAAGAUUGGAGAAGUUGAAGGUUCUUUGGCUGUUAUAUUUGACGGUGGUUCCAGAUACUUCAGAGUGGGAUAUGGUGGAGAACGGGCCCCUCGAUUUGUUUUCCCAUGCGUGGUUGGGCGCUACAAAAAGCAGAAUGUGAUGCAUGGAUUGGAUGAAAAGGAUACUUUCAUUGGUGAUGAAGUCACUGAUAAUUGGACAAAGCUCACAGUGAAAUACCCUGUUGAACAAGGAAUUGUCACCAACUGGGAGGACAUGGAAAAGAUCUGGCACCAUGCUUUCUACAAUGUGCUCCGGGUAGACCCAGAAGAACACCCCCUCCUAGUGACUGAAAGCAUCACCAACCCAAAGGCCAAUAAAGAGAAGUUAGUUGAGAUUAUGUUUGAAACUUUUGGAGUUCCAGCCUUGUACGUAGCCAUCCAGGACAUUUUGUCCCUUUUUUCUUCAGGCCGGACCACCGGGUUUGUGGUGAAUUCUGGGGAUCAAGUGACCUACCAUGUAGCCAUCAACGGUGGCUACAUCAUGUCUGGUACCAUCAUGAACCUGGAGGUGUCUGGCCAGGACCUCUCUACGUACCUUAUGAAGCUUCUCAAUGACAAAGGCUACUCCCUGAAGACCCGGGCUGAAUGGGAAAUGGUCAGAGACAUCAAGGAGAAAUUGUGUUACGUGGCUUUGGACUGCGGGGAGGAGAUGGACACCGAAGAAUCCUCCAUACAAAAGAAAUACAAGCUCCCUGAUGGUCGCGACAUCACUGUGGACAAAGAGAGGUUCCUCUGUCCUGAGGCUUUGUUUGAACCAUCUGUGCUUGGGGUCCCAUUUCCAGGUCUUCACAAAAACAUAUAUGAAAGCCUCAUAAAACAUGACUUUGAAAUAAGGAAGAUCUUUUAUGUGAACACUAUCCUCUGCGGGGGCAACAUGUCAUUCCCUGGUGUGGGUGAACGGGUGGCGAAGGAAAUCAAGGAACAAGCACCCAAGAUGACUAAGAUUAAGGUGGUUGUGCCAGCAGAAUGCCGCUUCUCUUCCUGGUUUGGCGGCUCCCUCUUGACCACUCUGAACUCUUUUCAACACAUGUGGAUCUAUGACUAUGAAUAUGAGGACUGCGGCAGCUCCAUCAUUCACCAACGACAGUUCUGAAUUUGGUCCAGCCCCCGCGUCCCAGUUCUGAGCUGCGUAUCCUCAGAUGUUCUCAAUAAAAAGCUGGGGUGCCGAGACA